AUUAUUUUCACAGUGUAAAGCGGGUCGCUCUCUCUGCUCAGUUGCGAAUCUUUUUGAUUUAGUCACACAUCGCUGUAUAUGGUUGGAGAAAUAAAGAGCAACUUUGCAUAGAUUAUGGAGUAUAAUAUUGGGGAAAAUACUGGGUUUAAAAGUCAUGUUGCCACGUCAAAUAAAGGCAAGAAAUCAAAACUUUCUAGAAGAAGAUUGUUUGACGACGAAGAAAAUCGAAGUCCAGUUUUAGGUUUGCGUAUUCUGCCUGUGGAUGGCUCCAACAACAUUCUCGCUCCUACAAAAUCUCUUUCACAAGGUUACCAAAAUAGUCAACCUAUAAUAAUACCAGCAAAAGAGCAAAGAAAAUCAUCAAUGAACGCAAAAUUCACAUGCAAGCUUUGCCAAAAUUCUUUUACUGAACCAUUGCAACUAGCCAAUCAUAAAUGUGUCCGGAUUGAAAAUGUUCAAUAUGAUUGUCCAGAAUGCGAAAAAUCAUUCAGCUGUCCCGCGAAUUUAGCUUCACAUCGAAGAUGGCACAAACCAAAAAAACCGAAAGUUGAAAACGAAAAAUGUCGUGAUGAGGAUGAUAAUAUUGAAUGUACUUCGAAGCAAAAUAUUGGAAAUAGCAAAACUUCAACGAAAAUGGGAGCUCCAUCAGCUGCAAAUCUUCAAGUUUCGAAAGAUAUUUCAAACAUGAACAAAGGAUCUAAAAAGAGCCAAAUGUUAUACGAGUGUUCAUUAUGCGGGAAACAGUUUCGUUGUCGAGCUUAUCUUAAGAAUCACGCAGCUGGGAAGCACGGAAAGUCACUCGACUGCAAUGACCUCAUUUUAAGUAAUGCCAAUCGAUGUGAAAGAGAUUAUAAGAACGAUAAACCUAUAACAAGGCAGAAUGAAUCGAACUUAUUCCCAUCUAACGCCGCGGGUGCUAAUUUCUGCAAUAGUGAAUUCGGGGGCCUUGAAGCUCUGGCUUAUGCCGCUGAAAUGCACUCUCGUCUUUCACCAGAAUACAGGAUUACAGAUAUUUGGAAUAAUCCACCUUAUUAUUUGGAGAAUAACUAUAAUACUAUAACAACCACAGUAACCAACAAACGCAAAAGUCCAACGUUGAUGGAGGAAGGUUUAAAUGCAGACAAAGUCCCAAAGCUGGACUCUCAAAUUAAUGAUAAAGUAUUCACCCUUAAAAAACAACCAUUAUCAAAUUGGCUUCCGCCUUCGCCUCCACAAAGUGAUUUAUCUAGUAGCCCGAAGUCAAUCGUAUCAGAAGAGAGCGACGAAAAAUAUCAACAAAUAUACCAACAAUAUGAAAAUAAUCCGAUGGUAAAAACGAAGGAAGACAUUAGUAGGAAUCCCUUGGGUAAAUCGGAAUUCAUAAAGCAGGUUGUUGUCAAACCGACUCCAAGAAAAUCAACGGAAAAAGAGGUUGGAAGUAACGUCAAUUCGGUCGGUCUUUAUAACCCUCAGACGUCAACUGCGCAUAAUUUGCAAUAUCCAGUACAUUCUGAACACAUUUCUCUCGUGUUUCCUACGGAAAAUUCCUCAACCAAUAUUCACCGGGCCGAAAACACGGCUUUAAAAUUUCACGAGCCAUAUCACCCAUACAUUUAUAAUCCGACGCGAACAAUUUUCAAUUCAGAGACUUCUCAAACACAGUGGAACACUUGGGUACCACCUCACGCAACGAACUACUGGAAAAAUCAGCCUAGAAACUCACAUGAAUCACAUCCAUACUUCUAUCAUAGCUUGAUGCACAGAUCAUAACACAAAUGUUGCAUUCCAAUUGCUUCUAUUAACCAAGUAUUUCAAGUAAAGAAUUCCAUCAUAAUCUAAUGUUAUAAAAAAUAGCACGGGAUCUUGGUUAUUUCGAUUUUGGGCCAUUCGCGCCCUUUUAACAACGGAAAUAUCAUUUAUGCAUUCCAGUUAUGACCAAAUCGACCAUGUAUUAUAUUCUCAAUUAUUUUACAGUCUAGAUGAGUUGUUUUAUACUUUUCGUCGAAUACAGUACGUAUUCCAGUCUU